AGUAUGUCGAUGGAGCGGUUUCCUGAUAGAUAUCAAGCAUGAAAAACGUGGUGAUUUUCGGUAUCGUUCUCUUGAUUGGACUCGUGGCCGCGGAAGAACACUGGUGGCAGCAUGCCAACUUCUACCAAAUCUAUCCGCGCUCGUUCAAGGACAGCGACGGCGAUGGGGUAGGCGAUCUCCGUGGCAUUAUGGAAAAGGUAGGCUAUCUCAAGAACGAACUCGGUCUGGACGCGGUCUGGUUGUCGCCCAUUUUCAAAUCUCCCAUGGCAGAUUUUGGAUAUGAUAUCUCCAAUUUCACGGACAUCCAUGAAGAGUUUGGUACGAUCAGUGAUCUAGAGAACCUAGCUCAGGAGUGUAAGAAACAGAACUUGAAACUGAUUCUGGACUUUGUGCCGAACCACAGCAGCGAUGAGCAUCCGUAUUUCGUGAAGUCGGAAAAAAAGGAACCGGGAUACGAGGAUUACUAUGUGUGGCAUCCGGGAAAACUGCUGGACAACGGAACACGUGUACCACCUUCGAAUUGGAUUAGUGUUUUCCGAGGAAGCGCCUGGCAGUGGAGUCCAGUGCGCCAAGAGUACUACCUUCAUCAGUUUGUGAUCAAACAGCCUGACCUGAAUUAUCGCAGUGCCAAAGUUGUGCAAGAUAUGAAAAAUGUGCUUCGGUUUUGGUUGGAAAAAGGUGUUACUGGAUUCAGAGUUGACGCCCUACCAUAUCUAUUCGAAAAUGAAACAGUCAAUGGAGUGUAUCCGGAUGAACCGAAAUCAGGAACUACCGACGAUCCGGAUAAUCCAACUUAUCUCGAACAUCCCUACACACAAAACCUGGACGAAACAUUUGAAAUGGUAUAUCAGUGGCGCGAGGUCUUGGAUGAGUUCAAAGCAUCCUCAGGGGCUACCGAUGAUCUGAUUUUGAUGAUUGAAGCUUAUACUCCGUUAGAAAACAUCAUUCGAUUGUAUGGUUCCGGAGACCGGCGCGGAGCUCAAAUUCCGUUUAACUUCGAAGUUCUGAGCAACAUCUUUAAAGACAGUACGGCUGUAGAUUUCCACAAAUAUGUCAUGCGCUUUUACGAUGCUCUGCCGCCAAAUCAGUAUGCAAACUGGGUGCUAGGAAACCACGACAACAAGCGUCUAGCUUCCCGACUGGGUGUCGCCCGUGCCGACCUGUACAACAUCGCCCUCAACACGUUGCCCGGCAUAGCUGUGGCCUACAACGGUGAGGAGCUUGCCAUGGAAGAUGUCUACAUCCCCUGGAAGGACACCGUAGAUCCAGCUGCGUGUAACUCAAAUCCUCGAGACUUUAUGCUGUAUUCUCGGGACCCAGCCAGAACUCCGUUCCAUUGGGAUGACAGUGUGAGUGCCGGGUUCUCCACUAGCUCCAAAACGUGGCUUCCGGUCUCCCCCUACUACAAGCAGAACAACUACAAGCUGCAGAAAUCCACCCCGAGAAGUCACGUGAAAAUUUUCAAAUCCCUGCUGAGACUGCGCAAACAGAGGACCCUGAGAGAAGGGUCGUUCGAUAUCAAGCUGGUCGACGAGAAUUUGCUCGUUUACAAGAGGGAGCUAGCCGAGGUCAGUACGAUUGUGGUCGUUCUGAACUUCCAUAAAUCGGCCCGAACGGUGAAUCUGUCCGAAGUGUUCGAGGGAUUGCCGUUGGAGUUUGAGAUCAUUACUUCCUCGUUGCAGACGAACUAUAUCGAUGGCUCCGUUUUGGACCGCGAUCAGAUCGUUCUCCCAGCUGAAACGGGCAUUGUUCUAGAAGGAAAUGUCAAAAAUGGCGUCUAAACGUUGAAAUACAAUCAAAUGCUAGUAAAAUUCUAGAUUUUGUUUACUAUAUUAAUUAUUAAACUUUACUUGGAA